AUGGUUAUCUUCUUUUCUUCAUUCCUGCUGCUGUCUCUGUUGGCCGUCUCCCCGGCCCUAGGCGCCCCGGCCAAACGCGCCGCUCCCACCGUGACCAUCACCCAUCCGCAGGCCACCAUCGUGGGAAGUACUGUGCUGAGCGUGGAACACUUCAAUGGCGUGCCGUUUGCGCAACCCCCAACGGGCCCCCUGCGGUUGAAGCCACCGCAGCGACUCAACUCGUCGCUGGGUACGGUGGAGGCGACGGGGGCGGCGAAAGCCUGCCCGCAGUUCUUCUUCUCGACUGACAACUCUGAGUUCCCCGGAUCGAUCGUGGGCUUGCUGGCCAACGUCCCACUGUUCCAGAAGGUGACCAACGCGGGCGAGGACUGCCUGUCGGUGAGCAUCCGCCGGCCAGCGGGCACCAAGGCGGACGCCAAGUUACCGGUGCUGGCUUGGAUCUAUGGCGGCGCGUUCGAGCUGGGGUCGUCCUUCCUGUUCGACGGGGCGCCGCUAGUAUUGAGCUCGAUGGACAAGGGCAUGCCCGUUAUCUUCGUAGCCAUCAACUACCGCUUGGGCGGUUUCGGAUUCAUGCCGGGCAAGGAGAUCCUAGCCGAUGGGUCCGCCAACCUAGGCCUGUUAGACCAACGCAUUGCCCUGGAAUGGGUGGCCGACAACAUCGGCGCGUUCGGCGGCGAUCCCGACAAGGUGACCAUCUGGGGCGAGUCGGCCGGGUCCAUCUCGGUGUUCGACCAGAUGCUGCUCUACGGAGGCAACAUCGACUACAAGGACAAGGCGCUCUUCCACGGCGCCAUCAUGAACUCGGGCAGCGUCGUACCCGCGGAUCCGGUGGACGGCAGCAAGGGACAGGCCGUGUACGAUCAGGUAGUCAACAGCGCUGGUUGCGGCGGGGCGGCCGACACGCUGGAGUGCCUACGCCAGCUGGACUACACUGACUUCCUAAACGCGGCCAACUCUGUACCGGGCUUUCUGAGCUACCACUCGGUGGCGCUGUCGUACCUGCCGCGGCCCGAUGGCAGAGUGCUAACGGACAGUCCGGACGUGCUGAGCAAGGCCGGACGAUAUGCGAGGGUGCCGUUCAUCAUCGGCGACCAGGAGGACGAGGGCACACUGUUCGCGCUAUUCCAGUCCAACAUCACGACGACGGAUGAACUGGUAGAUUACUUCGGCGAGUAUUUCUUCCACGGGGCGUCGCGCGCGCAACUGCAGGAGCUGGUGGACAUGUACAGCGACAUCCAGGAGAACGGAUCCCCGUUCCGGACGAGCAUCUUAAACAACUGGUAUCCGCAGUUCAAGCGGCUGGCGGCCGUCCUGGGCGACCUCACCUUCACCCUGGCGCGACGGGUGCUGCUGCAGCACGCACACGAGGCGACGCCGGACGUGCCCAGCUGGUCCUACCUGGCCUCAUACGACUACGGGCUGCCGAUCAUGGGCACCUUCCAUGCCAGCGACAUCCUGCAGGUGUUCUACGGCAUCUUGCCCAACUACGCCUCGCGGUCCAUCCACACGUACUACCUCAGCUUCGUCUACGACCAGGAUCCGAACUCGCGACGGGGAGAGUUUAUGGAGUGGCCGCAGUGGAAGGAGGGUCGAGAGUUGAUGAACUUCCACGCGCAUUCGGCGCAGUUGCUGAAAGACGAUUUCCGCUCAAAUGCGUUUGACUUGAUGAUGAAGAACGUGGAUUCGCUCCAUAUCUAG